GGUGUGAACUGUGGAACUCUUACGGUCAUUAGUAAUAGUGUAGCUGACAUGCUUCCUCUGGCUGAUCUUCAACACACAGAGCCAAACACCACACUCAACUAGAAUCCCCUGCUACUGGCCUUCCAAGCCUGACGACUCCACACGACUCAGCAGCUAGACCCAUUAGAGUGCCGCUAUGGGGAAUGUGAUGUGGGGACAGGGAGCUGGGAACAAAACAAAUUCAAACUGCCAUGAGAGUGCAUUAAAGGCAGGAGAAGACGAGACGCUUGUCGUUCUCCAUGACUAUCCUUCUCCAGACAUCAGUGAGCCGAUCUUUAGGAUGGGAGAGAAGCUGAGGGUCUUGUCUCAGGAAGGCAACUGGUGGAGAGUUCGGUCUGUCCAAUCAGGAAGUGAAAACUACAUCCCUAACAACCAUAUUGCCAAAGUCUACCAUGGAUGGCUGUUUGAGGGAGUAGUGAGGCAGAAGGCAGAGGAACUACUUAGUCUCCCUGAAAACAGAGUGGGUUCCUUCAUGAUCAGAGAGAGCACCCAGCAGAGAGGUGUCUACUCCAUGUCUGUAAAGCACAGAUCCAUCCAGCACUAUAAAAUAUUUCGCCUGGAGAACAGCUGGUAUUAUAUCUCUCCUCGUCUGACUUUCCAGUGCUUGGAAGAGAUGGUAAACCACUACUCUGACUCUGCAGAUGGUCUGUGUUGUGUUCUCACUGGCCCGUGUCUGUCUGGGACUAUCAGCCCCAUAGACAUCACCUCUCAGCCACCCCCUGUAAGGAUGCGACACAACAACUUUGACUGGAAAAAAAUAGACAGGAAAGAUCUGAUCAGUGCAGGGGCUGCCCAGGGCCAGGAGAACAGGAAUGCCAUGGUGAGCUACGGUGUCAGAAACAGCAUGGCCUCUUACCUCUCUCUGGUCGGGGAUCAUGACCCAGGACAGCAGAAGAAGAACCGCAAGAAGAAGAGCAAAUCUGUCUGUGUGACAGACCACAGCUUCAGCCAUAUGGACUUGGAUGAGGACUAUGAUAUGUAGUAGCCUGGAUGGUGCAACACUUAGUUCUGCGAACCCCAGUACACAUAUAUAGCCUAGGCUAGUGGUUCCCUUUCAGUCAGUCUUCGGUACAACAUAUUACAGGGGAGUUGCACUCUUGCUUCUUCGGCUGAAGGAUGUACAAUCACGCCUGACAAGGCCAAUGAAAUCCACACCUCACUGGAAGUCCCAUCUUCCACAGGUGAUAAACGUGAGGCUCAGAUUCAUUCCUUCAAUUCAAUACCAUUCUUCACCGAGCCCAGGAACAGGCGGUGCGGGGCCAAACAGGUGUUGUACCUCAUUUCCCUCCUUCAGGGAACAGUAGUUAUAGUCAUAAUGUUACAUUUUCUUUCAGUCAGUCAACAUACUAUGGGGAAAUAUUAUUACACCCCAAGCCGAGACGAGCUAGCUAUUACUAGCUAUUCCUGCCUCCCCACGAUGGAGUUGCUGGGGUAGCUCUCUAUUGUAUAGUAUAUAUACUGUUAAGUUGCUUGGUGAUUCUAAAUGGACUCGCUGCUACCAAAGAGGCUAGCUAACUUGGCUUAAGCUAAGUCUCUGUCCACAAGGGGGUGCCCCUCCCCUCAUUACCGAGAUGCAUUGCUGAUUCCUGCCUGAAGCUCACUAGUCCCUAUGAGGUGUCUAGUAGAGGUGCAGAUCUUUUAUCCAGGUGGGGCCCUCUCUCUCA